AUGCAGCCGCCGAAAGACUACGGCGGAGCGGGCCGCGCCAUCCAAGGGCAGAUCUACUCUCUCGGUGCGGUGGGCCACAAGCCCAAGGUGCCCACCGACCCGCUCGCGCUUGCAUACGCCGCAUCGAACAAGAUGACCCCCGAGGCGUACUGGUAUGUCGCAGGUAGCGCCGGCAUGCAGAGGACCGCCGAGGCCAACGUGACCGCUUUCGAGCGUUACCAGAUCGUUCCGCACAUGCUGCGUGACGUGCGCGAGCGUUCAACUGCCACCACAGUUCUCGGGACCCACGUCCCAGCGCCAGUCAUGUUCGCGCCGAUCGGCGUGCUCGAGAUGGCGCAUCCCCAAGCCGAAGUUGCAGUUGCCCAAGCAGCCGCCUCGCUCGGCGUCCCCAUGGUCCUCUCAACCCAGGGAAGCCGGCCGAUGGAGGAGACGGCUGCGAGCCUCGGACCCGCGCCGAUGUGGUACCAACUCUACUGGAGCAACAACAACGACCUGAUGAGAUCGCUUGUCACGCGUGCAGAGGCAGCAGGCGCGCAGGCAAUUGUGGUGACGCUGGACACCCACACCAUUGGUUGGCGCACGCGUGACCUCGACCUCGGCUUCCUCCCCUUCGCCAAGGGAAUGGGACUCGCACAGUACUUCUCUGACCCUGUGUUCCUCGAGCUCGUCAAGCAGCGCGUCGAGAACCCACCGCCCAAAGACGCGUCUAUUCCCGCGCCCCGCCCAACCCUUGCCGCUCUCGGAACGCUGUGGUCCCAGGCCAGUCACUACCCGGGUAACACGUUUAGCAACCUCCUCUCCGGCUAUCCCCGUGCUGCUGUGGAGACAUUCCUUGACGUCUUCCCCUGCUCGGGUAUCAAGUGGACCGACCUCGCCCUGCUCAAGAGUAUCACCAAGCUCCCCAUCAUCCUCAAGGGUAUCCAAACCUCGAGCGACGCUGAACUUGCCCUCCGCUACGGUGUCGACGGCAUUGUCGUGUCCAACCACGGCGGGCGGCAGGUCGACGGCGCCAUUGCCUCCGUUGACGCGCUUGAGGUCGUCGCGCGCGAGCUCGAGGGCCGCAUCCCAAUCAUCUUCGACAGCGGCAUCAGAUCUGGUGCGGACGUGUUCAAGGCACUCGCCCUCGGUGCGAGUGCCGUCUUCGUCGGCAGGCCCUGGCUGUACGGCCUCGCGCUCGAUGGUGCUGAGGGCGCCAAGGCGGUCAUGGAGCGCAUAAUCGCAGAACUUGACAUCACUAUGGCCCUUGCAGGUGUCAAGAACCUCAGCGAGAUUAACCAGCGGUGCAUUAGACGCGCCGGGGCAGCGAGCGGCGCCAAGCUGUGA